AUGACUAGAAUAUUGGACCACUCUUUUACAAGGCCUCAUAGCAGUUCUGCUGGUAACGGUGAUCCUUUUGCCAGUUUUGACGCAAAUACCAGACUAUACCAACAAAAUAUCUCCCCAAAUAAAAGACUCAUAUUUUCUAGCAAGUCUCCAAAUAUUGCAAGAAAAGAUAAUUAUUUGUCAAAGCCGCUUUUGUCAUCACCCACAAAAUUAAAUGUCGUGACGUCAGAUUGGAACGAUGAAAACUCAUUCAUUUCCAAAGGAAAUUUCCCAAUAUUGAGCCCACCAACUCAGCUUAAUGAUCUCAGUCAUAAUAAUAGCAGCAGAAAUCCUUGUCAGUCAUCUCCUAAUCGUAGAUCUUUGAAGAAAUCGGCUUCAACCACCACUACUGACAGAUUUAUUCCUUCAAGAUAUUCAUCAUCAGGGAAAUUAUUCAACGAAGGUGCUUUAGAACAACCAAAGCCAACAGACUCACCUUCAAAACACAUACAAUUCCAAUCAAAUAAAAUAUAUCAACACUCAGUGGCCCAGGUUUGUGGUGUCAAUAUUGAUCAAAAAAUCCUUCAGUUUCAGCCUGCUCCGCCAGAACGGAAAAAGAAAUAUACCUUCAGCUUAGGGCAAAAUACAUUAAAUGAUGGACUUAAUAAUGUCUUAGAAAUUUCCAGACUAAAGAAUUCUAAUGGGAUCACUCCUACUAAUGCUUUGGCAAGAGCAAGAAAGGUACCAACCAUCCCAGAAAGAAUUUUAGACGCCCCAGGAUUAGUAGAUGACUACUACUUGUCAUUAUUGGCAUGGUCUCUGGACAACUUAUUAGCAGUUGCAUUAGAAAACUCCGUCUAUAUUUGGCAGGCUUCUAUUGGUCUGGUAAACUUGCUCACCACCUGUGAUGUUCUUAUUACUUCUUUAUCAUGGAGCGACGAUGGCUCAUAUCUUUCUAUCGGAAAAGAUAAUGGAAUGAUUGAAGUUUGGGAUAUUGAAGACAAUACAAAGCUAAGAACUAUGCGAUCUUCUGACACAAGAAUUGUCAAUCAUGCAUGGUCAAAGCACUUAAUCACUUCGGGGUCAAGGUCUGGUGAAUUGUACCAUAGCGAUGUUAGAAUCGCAAAACACAUUGUUUCAGAAAUGCGUGGAUAUCAUAAUGCCGAGGUUUGUGGCAUAAAGUGGAGAGGUGACGGAAACCAAUUUUCCACUGGUGGUAAUGAUAAUAUUGUCAAUAUUUGGGAUGCUAGGUCUUCGAUUCCACAAUUUAGCAAAACAACUCACACUGCAGCAGUGAAGGCCCUAAGUUGGUGUGAUUACCAAUCUUCGUUAUUAGCCACAGGUGGUGGUACAAAUGAUAAAUAUAUUCAUUUUUGGAAUACAACAACAGGGGCCCGUGUCAACUCGAUCAACACUGGUUCUCAAAUCACUUCAUUGAAUUGGGGCCAGGCUAGAGGGACUGGGUUGGAAAUUGUGGCGACAAGUGGCUACCCCAACAAUAGCAUUUCCAUUUACCAUUAUCCAACAUUACAAAAGACGGGGGAAAUUAGUAAUAGCCAUGAUGGUCGUAUUUUGAGUAGCGCUCUUAGUCCUGAUGGUAUUACUUUGGCAACUGCAGCCGCUGACGAAAAUCUAAAAUUUUGGAAAAUAUUUGAUAGCCCAAAAAGCCUGGGAAGCUGGAUUGGAAGUGGAAAAUCGACAGAAGAUGGGAAAGAUAGUGCAUUGACUAAUGGAGGCAAACAAAUUAGAAGAGUUAUGACCAUCAGAUGA